GUUUUUGAUGCAGAAAUCGACGAGUUGGUAAGUUGUUGUUGUCUGAUCUUAAUAAAGAUUCAACCUUUUUGGUCCGAUCAUGGCUGUUGCUGAGAAUGCUGGUGUCAAAGUGGACUCUUCGUCUGGUCAGAAUUUAGACAACAACACUGAUUCAGCUACCGAGACGAAGCCGCCAUGUCCUGAUGAUGAUCAGAGCCCUAAAUCUGACUCAUCGAAUCCUCCUACCAUCGAUUCCACUCCAGAAACUGACGAUCGGAUCAAUGAGACUGCUCUAAAGGGGCAGGCUUUAAAUGGGUUUAACAAAAAUGGUGAGAGAGAUAACAAUGGAGGGAGUCUCAAGAGUGAGAUCAAAGAUUUGGCUGAUGCUUUUUCUAAGCUUAAUCCCAUGGCUCAGGAGUUUGUUCCUCCUUCUCUCGCUCGAAGUCAAUCUGGGGUUUUGAGAAAUGGAUUAGGGUUUACUAACAAUUUUGCAGCCCCACCUAAACUUGCUGAUGGGAAUGAUCAUUUUCCUACAAGGAGAAGGAGUUUUGGCCAAGGGAAGCGAAGAAUUAACAAAAGAACAAGCUUGGCUCAGAAGGACGAUGUGAUCAGAAGAACUGUAUAUGUCUCCGACAUUGACCAACAGGUUACCGAGGAGAACCUCGCAGGUGUCUUUAUUAACUGUGGACAGGUUGUUGAUUGUCGUGUAUGUGGUGACCCAAAUUCUGUCCUUCGUUUUGCUUUCAUUGAAUUUACCAAUGAAGAGGGAGCUAGGGCUGCUUUGAGCAUGUCGGGUACUGUGCUCGGUUUUUACCCUCUUAAGGUUCUUCCUUCCAAAACCGCUAUUGCCCCUGUUAACCCGACUUUUCUUCCAAGAUCUGAGGAUGAGCGUGAGAUGUGCGUGAGGACUGUUUACUGUACCAACAUUGACAAGCGGAUCACUCAAAUUGACUUGAAAGGCUUCUUUGAAAAUCUUUGCGGGGAGGUUCAUCGUCUGAGGCUUGGAGACUAUCACCACCAAACCCGUAUUGCUUUUGUUGAGUUUGCGAUGGCGGAAAGUGCAAUUGCUGCGCUUCACUGCAGUGGUAUUGUCUUGGGGGCACUCCCAAUAAGGUUGUUGUUUUAGUGAUUACUAAAAACUUGAUAUAAUGAUAUCGAUCAAUAAUGUGAAACACAGCAUCGUUUUGGCUUCUACUUUUGAUCGUCGUUAUUUCGACUUGGCUAGCUCUUUACUUAAUUCUAUAUCUGGUUCAUUUGCAUAAAAUGUGACAUCUUUC